GCAAACACCGUUGUACACCGUACCCCUCCAGAAAAUUGUUUUUUUUUUUGAAAAAGCAAUUUUUCGAAUUCUUUUAUCCAACUUUCUCCUCCGUAUAACUGUUUGAAUUCAAUUUUUAAAUAAAUGGACAGAAAGUUCAAUUCUGAUGAACAAUGGUAUAUUUCUCCACUGCUCAAUUUAGCCACAGUGAAGGAAGAGAUGCUGGAAGUUCGAGAGUUGGGAGAAGUUAUUAUCGAUAGAACAAUGGACGAUUUCGAUUCAAAAACCGAAAAAGAACAUGAAAUGGAAAUGUGGAAGAACAGUCUGUCUUAUAUUCAAGGAGUAACAGAAGAAGAAUCAUUGGAAGCUAUUGAAGAAGUUUCAAACCUCGAUAUGUUUCUGGAGGGGUCAUCAGACGUUCAAACUCGACGAUUUGAAGAUAUGAAGGGGGAUCGCAAGUUCCUCGAACGAUCACCGCUAGUUUCCCACAAACAUGUGAUAAGUCGAGAAAAGACUAUGAAAACUUCAAGGCAGCGGAAGUCCGCAUAUGUCACGUCACUGAAAUAUGACAAAUACAUGUUGAACGCCGGAGCAAAUACUUCUCUUUUCCAUCCUCAAUGUUCAAUAUUAGAGAAAUGUGAAGAUGACAUUGUCCUUAUCGUUGAUGCACUGAUGCCAUACAAUCGAGAACUUUUAUCUUCUGAACUUCGGAGCUCGCGACUUUUGAAGCCAAUGACCAAGUUUCUUGUUCGUGGAGACACCCUUCUUUCGGAUUUACGGCAGAAAUUUGUAUGUCAAAGUGAUACAAUUGUUCCAUUGGAGAAUGGUUUGGAGCUGGAUCCACCGAAUUUGGAUAAUGCAACCGCAGUUCGAUUUCCAUCAUCAUUUAUAUUUGUUCAUGAUACCUUUUAUGUGGAUAUGCCACCCAAUGCAAUUGACAUUUCACACCCAAUCCGCAACUUUAUGCUUCACCGCGAGAUUUAUGAUCCAGUGGAGGCUUGUAGUAUGGAAGGAGUCAGAAUUAUUGACCUGAAGCUGCGUCUAGGGCAGCCGUACAUAUUCCAGCAUUCUGGGAAUUGUGAACAUCUACUCGUUUUUCAUGAUUUGCGACUUCUUCAUGAAUCGGACCCGUGGGGAAUCGAUAAAUAUCCAUUCACCUUAUACGAGAAGGGAAAUGAAAAGAAAUGUGAUAUUUGUAAAAAAGGGCAUGUGGAAUUCGUCGUCGAACGCCACGAGCUUCUUCCCAACACCUACACACACUUCUGCAGGACAUGCUUCCAGGAGUUCAACUAUGUGCAUGGUGUCAAGACGCAUUCAUUCAUUGCUUGGCCGUAUACAGAACUACAGACUGGAGAGCAAAGAGGAUGGCCGUUUGGAGAUUUUGAACAAGAAGAUGAUUGAAAUAAUUUUGAUAUUUAUUUCUAUUUAUUUUGCAAAAACUUUAUGUUUUUACUGGUAUUUUUUAUAGAAAAAAGGAAAUGCUGGACAUUUAAAAAUUUUAUUGUUC